AACAGUGCUUUGUUACUCAUCGCAAUUUAUAACACUCCCCCGCCAAUAAUAUAUAUAUAUAUAUAUUAUAUUUACGAAGACGCGCAUGGAAUUUUUUCAGCCUAAUACUUCACCCACUGUUUUGAUUUCCACUUAAUAUCACCAACUGAACACCAUCACAAUGUCCAGUGAUUCAGAAGUAUCUGACUAUUACACCGAUGGAGAUGAAGAUGAGUUUAUGCCUUCACCUCCUGUGAAAAAACUGCAUUCCAAACCAUUGGCUGAUGCUACUAAUAUUAAUACAUCUCCAUCAACCGUAUCGAAUAUAUCUACAUCAUCAUCAAAAUCCACUACUCCUAACCCAUCAAAUAAGAAAUCUAAUUCGAAUUCGAAUUCAAAUUCAAAUUCAAAUACAAACCCAUCAAAUAAUGCUUCAGAUCAAUAUCAAAAAUUAUCUCAAUUAGAACAUAUUUUAAAAAGACCCGAUACUUAUAUUGGAUCAAUUGAAAAAACUGCUAUGGAAAUGUGGUGUUUUGAUAUUUCAAGUGAUUCAAUGAUAUUUAAAGAAGUUAAUAUUGUACCUGGAUUAUAUAAAAUAUUCGAUGAAAUUCUUGUAAAUGCUGCUGAUAAUAAAAUUAGAGAUUCAAGUAUGAAAAAUAUUAGAGUUAAAAUAGAUGCAGAAAAUAAUUUAAUUGAAGUUAUGAAUGAUGGGAAAGGUAUACCAAUUGAAAUUCAUGAUAAAGAAAAAAUAUAUAUCCCAGAAUUAAUUUUUGGAAAUUUAUUGACUUCAUCAAAUUAUGAUGAUGAAGAGAAAAAAGUUACAGGAGGUAGGAAUGGUUAUGGAGCUAAAUUAUGUAAUAUAUUUUCAACUGAAUUUCAAUUAGAAACUUGUGAUUUAAAUACUGAAAAGAAUUAUAAACAAGUAUGGUCGAAUAAUAUGUCUAAUGUGACUAAACCCAAAAUCACUAAAUUAAAAUCUAAACGGGAAUUUACUAGAGUUACAUUUAAACCAGAUUUAUCAAAAUUUGGUAUGGAUUCUUUAGAUGAAGAUAUUUUAUCAGUUUUAAGAAGAAGAGUAUAUGAUUUAUGUGGUACAGUUAAAGAUUGUAAUAUUUAUCUUAAUGAUAAAAAAUUAAAUAUUAAGAAUUUUAAAAAUUAUAUUGAAAUGUAUAUUAAAGCCAUUAAGGAAAGAUCUCCUGAACCAAUUACAAGUGAAGAAAAUAAAUCUUUUACAACUUUAGUUCAUGAAGUUAUUAAUGAUAGAUGGGAAAUUGGUUUUGCUGUUAGUGAUGGGAAUUUUAAUCAAGUAAGUUUUGUAAAUUCAAUUGCUACAACUUCUGGUGGUACUCAUGUUAAAUAUGUAUCUGAUCAAAUUAUUGCAAAAUUAAUUGAUACAAUGUCUAAAAAGGAAAAGGGUAAAAAGAAGUUAAUGAUUAAACCUUUUGAAAUUAGAAAUAAUAUGUUUUUAUUUUUAAAUUGUCUUAUUGAAAAUCCUGCUUUUACAUCUCAAACAAAAGAACAACUUACCACUAGAGUGGCUCAAUUUGGUGGUAAACCAAGUGAAAAAGUUACUAUUAGUGAUCAAUUUAUUACAAAGAUUUUAAAAACAGGUAUUGUUGAAAAAAUUAGAGAAAUUGCUGGAGCUAAUGAAGAUAAAGCUUUACAAAAGGCUGAUGGAUCUAAAAAACUGAGAGUUAAAGGUCAAGUUAAAUUAGUUGAUGCAAAUCGUGCUGGUACAAAAGAUGGUCAUAAAUGUACAUUAAUAUUAACUGAAGGAGAUUCUGCUUUAUCAUUAGCAGUAUCAGGAUUAGAAGUUGUUGGACGUGAUCAUUAUGGUUGUUUCCCAUUAAGAGGUAAAUUAUUAAAUGUUCGAGAAGCUUCAGCUGAUCAAGUAGCCAAGAAUUCAGAAAUUAAUUCUUUAAAACAAAUUAUUGGUUUACAACAUAAAAAGCAUUAUAGUCCUGAAAAUAUUAAAUCUUUAAGAUAUGGUCAUAUUAUGAUUAUGACUGAUCAAGAUCAAGAUGGUUCACAUAUUAAAGGUUUAAUUAUUAAUUUCUUAGAAACAAGUUUCCCAGGUUUAUUAAAUAUUCCAGGAUUCUUAUUAGAAUUUAUUACACCUAUUGUUAAAGUAACUAUUAAAGGUAGAGGAAAUUCUAAACGAAUUAUACCAUUUUAUACAUUACCUGAAUUUGAAACUUGGAGAGAUUCAGAAGGUAAAACUGUUAGAUGGACUCAAAAAUAUUAUAAGGGGUUGGGUACUUCAACUCCUAUUGAAGCAAGAGAAUAUUUUUCUGCUUUAGAUAAACAUUUAAAGAGAUUUCAUGCUUUACAAGAAGAUGAUAAACAAUAUAUUGAUUUAGCAUUUUCAAAAAAGAAAGCUGAUGAUAGAAAAGAAUGGUUACAAGGAUUUAUACCUGGAACUCAUUUAGAUCCAAAUUUAUCAGAAAUUCCAAUAAGUGAUUUUAUUAAUAAAGAAUUAAUUUUAUUCUCAAUGGCUGAUAAUGUUAGAUCAAUUCCUAGUGUAUUAGAUGGAUUUAAACCUGGUCAACGUAAAGUAUUAUUUGGAUGUUUUAAAAGAAAUUUAAAAAAUGAAAUUAAAGUAGCUCAAUUAGCUGGAUAUGUAUCUGAACAUACUGGUUAUCAUCAUGGUGAACAAUCAUUAGUUCAAACUAUUAUUGGAUUAGCACAAAAUUUUAUUGGAUCAAAUAAUAUUAAUGUUUUAAAACCAAAUGGUGCCUUUGGUACAAGAGCUGCUGGUGGUAAAGAUUUUUCAGCUGCCAGAUAUAUUUUUACAGAAAUUAGUGAUAUAACUCGUAAAAUUUUUAAUCCUUUAGAUGAUCCAUUAUAUACUUAUAUGCAAGAAGAUGAACAAACGGUUGAACCUCAAUGGUAUUUACCAGUUAUACCAAUGGUAUUAGUUAAUGGAGCUGAAGGUAUUGGAACUGGUUGGUCAACUAAUAUUCCAUGUUAUAAUCCAACUGAUAUAGUUAAUAAUAUUAGAAAUCUUAUGAAUGGUAAUGAAUUACAAGAAAUGAAUCCUUGGUAUAAAGGUUGGGAAGGAACUAUUGAAAAAAAUGGUAAUGAUAAAUAUAAAGUUAUAGGAGCAAUUGAACAAGUUGAUGAUACUACUUUAGAAAUUACAGAAAUCCCCGUUAAAACUUGGACUAAUAAUGUUAAAGAAUUCUUAUUAUCAGGAUUUGGUAAUGAAAAGACUGCGGCUUGGAUUAAAGAUAUGGAAGAACAACAUGGAGUUAAUAUUCGAUUUGUUAUUAAAUUAACUCUUGAAGAAAUGGCUAAAUCAAAAAAGAUUGGAUUAUUAGAAAGAUUUAAAUUAAUCUCAUCUAUAAGUUUAGCAAAUAUGGUCGCUUUUGAUCCAUUAGGUAGAAUUAAGAGAUAUGAAAGUUGUUUAGAUAUUUUAAAAGAUUUCUAUUAUGUUAGAUUGGAAUAUUAUCAAAAGAGAAAGGAUUAUUUUACUGAUGAACUUCAAAAUCAAUUAUUAAAAUUGAGUGAACAAGCUAGAUUUAUUAAGAUGAUUAUUGAUAAAGAAUUAAGUGUUUCUAAUAAGAAAAGAUCUGAAUUAGUUGAACUCUUAAAGAAACAUAAAUUUGUAGCCUUUGGUAAAGAUAAUAAACCAGUUAAGAUUGAAUCUGAUUUAUUUGUUGAAGAUGAAGAUGAUGAAGAAGAAGAACAAGGAGCAGAUAUUAGUCAAUUAAAUGUUAGUGGUAUUAUUAAUCCUGAUGAUGAAAAUGUACAUAAACCAGAUACAGUUUAUUCAACAUAUGAUUACUUAUUAGGUAUGCAAAUUUGGUCCUUAAGUAGAGAAAGAUAUGAGAAAUUAUUACAACAACGUGAUAAUAAAGAAAGUGAAUUAAAGGUUUUAUUAGGAAAGAGUGCUAAAGAUUUAUGGAAUGAAGACUUAGAUUUAUUCUUAGCAGCUUGGGAGAAAUUCCUUGAUGAUGAUUAUAGAGAUAGAUCUGCUGCACCUGUUAGUAAAGGUAGUAAAUCUAAGAGACCUAGAAAGACAGCUGUCAAGUCUAAAUCUAAACCAUCAGUUAAGAAUGAAAUUGAUAAUGAUGAUAAUGAUGAUGAUGAUGAUUUUGAUUUACCAGUUCGUAAGAAGCAAACUGUUUCGAGAGUAAAAUCUUCUACACCAGAUAUUGUUAAACAAACUGCCAAGGCUAAAUCUACAACACCAGUUGUUGUUAAACCAGAAAAGAAGCAAGCAGAUAUAUCAUCAAUGUUUAGUUCAUCUAGUAAUACUCCAAUUAAGAAACCUAAUAAGAAAGUAACUAGUAAGCCAUCAUUAUUUGAUGAUAGUGAUGAUGAUAUACUUCUUGGAUUGAGUACUGAAUCUACUCCAAAGAAACCAGUACAACCUGCCAAGAAUACUAGUGAGGUCAAAAAAUCUCGGCCAAAGCCAGGAUCUAAAGCUGCAUUGUUGGAAGAAUUACAAGAAUUAGAAGUUAGUAAAGUUAAUGUUGAACCAUCUACCAGUAGAAGACCCGUCAAAAAAAUUACUUAUCAAGUAAUUGACAGUGACGAAGAAGAUAUCAUUAUGUCUGAUGAAGAAGAAGAAGAGGAAGAUGACGAGGAAGAGGAGUACUACGAAGAUGAAUAGUGUAACACACAAAUAUAUAUAUAUAGUUAGUAAAUUAGUUAGUUAACCUACAAAAUACAAAACCAAAUUGUGGGGAUCUAGCACUAUUUAUUUAACUCCUCCACAUUUUAGUCAAGUAGGCAUUUAUACCCUACUAACGGUUGAUCUAGAAGAUUGAUUCAGAUCGUUACUUCCCAGUUGAGAGUUUGUGUAAACAUUCGUAAAUGAGCUGUGUGCAGGCCGUUUCACAUUAAUUUAAAUUAGUGGAUGUCCGCCUUCGUAAAGGUGGUGGUUUUCGCGUCUCCACCGUAACAGGGCACAGCACUAAUUGUAGCGGUAGUUAUAGAG